AUGUUUGACGAGCCAUUGCUUCCGAUGUCGGUGCCCGACGAGCUGCGCUGCCGCUACAAGACGGGCAAGUGCCCGUACCCGCGCGCGAUCAAAUUCAACAAGAAGGACGGGUCCGGCGCGCGCCUCCUCCUCUGCGAGCGCCACCGGCGGCUCCAAAACAAGACCAAGAAGCGCAGUGACGUCAAGUACAAGGACGACCGCGCGAUUCUCCGGGUCGUCAAGCGGCUCACGCCCGACGUGCCGAUGGCGACGCUCCAGAUGGCGCGGCUCACGAAUGCACCAACGACGCCCGAUGAGUUGCCGGCGUUUUCGCCAUAUGAGCUCGACAUGCUCGCCUACUACCUCUUAUGA